CUGCGAAUCUGAAGGCUCUGGAGUUCGUUCUGCUUACUUGCGACCACUCUCUGAUGCUCAAAGUGAAGCGGCAACUGCUGUCGAUCGACCCCUGAGGCCUUCGGUGAAACAAGGACUCGCGGCGGCCGUAACAGGUGUGUGGGGAUGCAUCAAGUGGCCACGAUCCAUCUUUCGUUGCACCACUUUCCUCUGCUUGCGUCUGUGCUGUGUUGUGUUGUCAGUGACCGAUGGCUGACGAGCGGCCAAUCGCGGACCCGUUCGAUGCCUUUGAGGAGGAGGCAGUCGAGGAUGAGCAACAGGUCGAUGCCGAGAAGAAAUCCCUCGAUGCCGUCGCCCCCGCCGCAGCCAAGGCCAGGAGGCAAAAACGCCGCGGCCAUGUGCCGACUGUGACGCAGAUCCUCAGCCACGAGCUGACGAAGCUCGCCAACGCCAGCUGGGCGUCGGCGGCCCCUCCGCCCUUCACACCUCAGCUGAUCGAUGACAUCUACGGCACACUGAGGGAGUCGGACUUCGACCUCAGCAAAAUGAUGAUCCUCGAGUACAGCGGCUACCUCGAGGGCCACCUCUGGCCGCACUACGGCGAUGAGGCCUCCCUCACACACGUGCUGUCGAUCGUUGUCAUGAUCAACGAGAAGGUGCGGCAGGGGGUGGAGGUCUGGGAGACCAUCGGGGUGGCCUUCAAGGCCACCGCUGCGAUGCCUCAAGACGAUCCCAAGGUGCGGUCGUUUUUUCGGAGGGUGUUUACGAUCCCCGCCGAGCAGCUGUCGAUGAAGGAGCAGACCAUCCUGACGACAUUCCUAAUCAACACCUUCCAGUCGUUCGAGCAGCCACGCAUCCGCAAGGAGGGCCUGUCGGUGUGCAGCCCGCUGAUCUGGCACCACCUCACGGAGCCUGUGCGCGACUCGCUCAUCAGUGAGCACCCCCCGCUGCAGAAGAUCUGGCGGUCGACACUUAAGAAGCUGCAGAAGGGCGGCCAGCAGCUCGAGAGAGACUACCUCCACAACCAACUCGAGAGCUUCCUGCUGUUCAUUGAGGAGACCCUCGCGCCAAAGGCCGUCAUCGACGGGGACGAGCUGGCGUAUAUCGAGCGCUUUGUGGAGUGGAUGAUCGACCUGCUCAACCAGCUGGCGACGCGCCGGUGGUUCCGGCCUCUGCUGCAGUCGAAGCAGUUUGAGGUGCGGUGUCGGCUGACGGGCAUCAGCGAGAGGGAGGAGGGGAAGCUGUUCGGCCAGCUGCUGGACAUACUGCGGUUCUAUGAGGGGUUUGAGAUCAACGAUCACACAGGUGCGUGUGUGGGUGGGGGAGGGGGAGAAAAGGGCCAUGGAUGGAUGUGGGUGUGCUGUGUUGGUGUGUGGUGUGUAGGUGAGCCGCUGUCUCACCUGGAGAUAUCUGAGCGGCACUACCACAAGAUGCAGCAGUUCCAGCGAGUGUGCUUCCACACCUACCCAGACACACUCAAAGACGUCAGCAGCCCAACAACCACACACUCACACGCCAAACAACACACGCCCACCUAUCUCUCUCUCUCUCUCUCUCCCACUGCCCUAAUCAGGUGUCACUGCGGUCGAUCAGUUCGAUCGAUUCGCGCGAUUCUCUGUCGUCCAUCCUGACGCCCCUGCCCCUGGACACUCUGGCGGGCCUCACCGAGCAGCUCCACCUCAUUCGCAUGGCUGACCUGCUCGGCGGGGGGGACAACGACAGCAACAGCAACAGCACUGCUGACGGCGUCCCGGGAAGCAAGCUGGUGAAUGGAGUAACCGGCGAGAAGGAGAAGGAGAAGGAAAAGGAAACGAGGGCUCGGUGGCGCAGCCCCAAGACGCUCAAGGCAUUCCUCGUCGAAGUUAUCAUCAGCCGACUCGAACGACGCGUGAGCACCCUCCACCAACCACACCCCUCAUACGUGUCGAUGGCACUCAUUCCUCUCUCUCUCUCUCUCUCUCUUUGUCUGCCUGUCUGGCUACGUGGGCUUUUGUCAGCCUGACCAGCUGUCCCAGAUUCGGUCCAUGCCGCUGUACCCGACUCAGGAGGUGUUGUGGGACCCCAACCUGGUGCCGGCGGAGCACUACCAGGGGGAGUUCUCACUCGCACUCCCCAAACUCAACCUGCAAUUCCUCACCAUACACGACUACCUGCUGCGCAACUUCAAACUCUUCAGGUCGGUCGGCGGCUUGCUGGAGGGGCGGGGACACGUGUGGUGGUUUUUAUUGCAUGUAUGCAGGCUCGAGUCGACGUAUGAGAUCCGUGAGCACCUGGAAGACGUCAUUCUGCGCGUCAGGCCGGUGAAGGUCAGUGAGUCAGUCAGGGAAACAGACACGCAGGCAGUGGGAGCGGUGCAUGUGUGUGCACAUGUGCUGUGUCCGUAUGUGUGUGUCUGUGUAGGAUGUGACUGUGCGGACGGCCACUCGCUUCGAGGGCCAGGCACGCAUGGCCGUCACAGUGGAGGACUUCAGCAUCGCUGUCGUCAAAAAACCUAAGGUACACAGACUCCAAACACACACAUCGAUAGAAGGAAGGAUAUCCUCUGUGUGUGUGUGUGUGUGUGUAGGUCGGCGAGACGGUGCCUUCCGAGGUGCGUGCCGAGGUGGUGUACAACCUGGGCGGCCUGCAGCCACACAUACGCCGAGAGUGGGAAGAGCUCAGGCAAUUCGACGUCCUUUUCAUGGUCACUCACACACUGGGAUAGAGGGCCGAUCGUUCCACACACGUGUUUCGUUGUCGCUAUCUCCCUGUGCUUUGUAUGCAGUUGGCCAUGAUGGGGUCCGAGGAGCCGGUGCAGGGCCGCGUGGGCGACAUCCCCAUCACAGAGUUCCCUGAGAAAUUCGGCAUCAUCGCCGUGCGGUCAGCAGCAAACACACAGACACACACAGAAACACGGACAGCGGCCCCACUGUGUGUGUGGUGGUGGUGGUGGUGUGUGUGUCUAUACGUUAUCUAUCUAUCAAUCAGUGGUGCCGAGAUCAUCGAGAUCUGUGACGAGGACGGCCAUGUGGUGUCGGACCCCAACCCGAUGGAGAGACGGCCGCCGAGGGGCCACAUGCGCACCGCGCGCAUACUCCUCGACCCCGCGCAAUACCAACUCGACCUUGACGCACUCAAGGUAACUAAGUAUGGUGAUCGAUACACAUGACACACAGACACACAGAGGGAGAGGGAGAGGGAGAGAAGGCCGGGUGAAUUUCUUUUUGGUGCGGGUCGUGUCGUGUGUAGGACACCGGUUUGGAGGAGCUGUACGGAUCGUUCAAUCUGCUGGUGCGUCGCCGGCCCGAGGAGAACAAUUUCAAGGCCAUCCUGCAGACCAUACGCAGCAUCAUGGACGACCCUGAAGGCACACAGGCUGUCGUACCCGGUGAGUUCGUAGCGUACGCACUGCACACCCACAGCACACACACAGGCAUGGACAUACAUAUGAGUGUGUUGAUCUGUAUGUGUCAGAUUGGCUGCACGAUUUGUUUCUGGGUUACGGCGACCCGGGGUCGGCUCAGUACUUCAGGCUUGACACACAGAUCCCUGGUGGGCAUGGCAUGCGCACCUAGGGCAUUCACACACGGCCGCAUGAUGCAUGGCGUGUGAGUGACAGACAUUGAUUUCCUGGACACCUUCCUGGACCGCUCCCACCUGACCGAGUCCUUCCCGGACGCCGAAGGGGUCACCAUCCCCGAAGGUCACCUCACCUCACCCAGCCACACAGACAGUGUACUCCCUCCCUCACUGCGUGUUGUGUCAUGCUGCACACACACAUCAGGUCUGUCGCCUCCCUACCGGGUCAAGUUUGAGCGUGCCGGCGACCCCCCGUCUGCCGACCAGCGGCCGCCAGAGAGGCUCGCCGUCACCACCUACACGCGACCAAACAAGGUAGCUUCGCAUCAUGCCGUUGAAUCAGCAGAAUCACAUGUAUGCGGUGUGUGUGUGUGUGUAGGGUCCGUACCCCGAGUGUGCGUAUCGCGUCAACGGUGUUCGGUUCACGCCGGCCCAGGUGGAGGCCAUCCGCUCGGGCGUCAACCCGGGACUCACCAUGGUCGUCGGACCGCCAGGAACUGGUCGGUGCUCUCACGGCAUUCAUACACACACACCGAUGGAUGGAUGGAUGGAUGAAUGGAUGUGUCUGAUAUUGUGUGUGUCAGGCAAGACCGACACGGCGGUUCAGAUCGUCAAUUUGCUAUACCACAACUUCCCCAACGAGCGGACCCUACUCGUCGCCCACUCUAACCAGGUAACCACACACACACAAACACACAAUGGACACACACAUGAAGGGCCCCUCUAUGUGUCUUGAAACAGGCGCUGAAUGAUCUGUUUGAGAAGAUCGUGGCUUUGGACAUCGACGAGCGGUAUUUGCUGCGUCUGGGUCGUGGCGAGAGGCUGCUUGAGAUGGACAAGGACUUCAGCAAGUGGGGGAGGGUCAACCACAUGCUGCUCAGACGCAUCGAGUGCCUCGACAAAGUGGGACGACUCGCCACAUCACUCGGACUCAGGUAGGUCACCUGACCCCACAAAACGCACCACACACAGACACAGACACAUUGUGUGUGGCAAUGGAUGGAUGGAUGGAUGGGUGGGUUUGUCAGUUCUGACGUGGCGUAUUCCUGCGAGACGGCCGCCCAUUUCUACCUCUACCACAUCGUGUCACGCAUCGAGGAGUACAGACUCAACCUCACCAAAGCAGGUAUGUAUGCAUCAGACAAACACCCCACACACGCCCUCUCCCCUCCAGUGCACCGCUGUCUGCACUGCCUGUGUCAGGUGCCGACGGCUCCAACUUGGCAUCGAUAUGGCCCAAGGUGCAGCGCGCGCACGAGAAGGAGAUCAGGAAGCAUGCCGCCGAGCGCGAGAGGCGGCGGAGGGCGCGAGGCAUCAAGGACAACCAGCCUACCAUCGAAGAGAUCAUCGAGAACCCUUACGCAGGAAAGGUACGCAUUUCCCUCCCUCCCCCCUCUACACACACACGGAUACACACGCAUCCCGCUGUCUGUUCUGUGUCAGCGGAAGCGCCCCGGCAAGUCGGCUCGCGAGCGUCUGAAGAAGCGUCGUCAGGAGCUGAUGCACCAGCUGGCCGAGGAGAGGCUGCAGCAGAAACUUGCGGACAUGGAGAAACGCAAAAAGGCAAUGGUGCCCGACCAGGCAGAGGCAGAGCCAGAUGGCGACAACGAGGCUGAUGCGCCCAUGGCCGACACCGCACAGCAGGAACAGCAGCAGCAGGACGGUGUGCCUGGUGGUGGUGACAAGAAGGUUGACACGAAUGGUGGCGAGGGUGACCACCCGAUGGGCGAGGGCGGGAGUGAGGCAGCCGGGGAGGGGGAGGAGGAGGAGGAUGAGGAGCAGGACAUGAUCGACGAGGAGAGGAUGGGCAUCGACUACUCGAAAACACCCGAGGUCAUCCACUCCACACACACAUACACUCACCUCACCCACUCACACACACACAGAGACCACAUGACAAACAACACGCGCAUCCAUCCGUCCAUCUCUGUCUCUCUCUCUCACUCAGGAUCUGCUGGCCUCUGGUCAUUCGGUGCCCCAGCUGCUGUUCCCCUUCCGUGAGUUCUUCGCCGACGCCCCCCAGCCGCUCUUCACCGGCGACCACCAGCACGACCUCGACACGGCAGAGGGAUGCUUCAAGUACUUCGAGCACCUCUUCAAAGAGGUCGACGAGUGCCACGCCUUCGAGCUCCUGAGGAACCAAACCGAACGGGCCAACUACCUCCUCACGUCAGCCCAGCCACACACACACAUACACACGACUGUGUGGGUAUGGGUGAGUGUGUGUGUGUGUGUGUUGUGUGUGCAGUAAGCACGCCAAGGUGAUAGCGAUGACCUGCACCCACGCGGCGUUGACGCGUCACAACCUGAUCGACCUGCGCUUCAAGUACGACAACCUCAUCAUGGAGGAAAGCGCGCAGAUACUCGAGGUCAGCGACAGACGAGCAAGGACAAGGAAGGUCCAUGAGCCGAUUAUGCAUCUGUGUGUGUGUAGGUUGAGACGUUCAUCCCCAUGUUGCUGCAGCAGUCAGAGAGAGGUGGGCAGGUAGCACAGGCCUGCCUCAUGAGCAGCCAGGGGUUUGAUCAUCGUCUCUCUGUGUGCCCUCCACACAGGGGUGAGUCGCCUGAAGCGUGUGGUGCUGAUUGGAGACCACCACCAGCUGCCACCGGUCGUCAAAAACAGGGUACCACAAACCGCAGAAGAACCCAACACACUGCACUCUCUGUCCAUCCCUCCAUCCCUCCGGGCAUUUAUCGGUCCAGGCGUUUCAGCGGUACGGCCACCUGGACCAGUCUCUCUUUUCGCGGUUCGUGAGGCUGCAGACGCCCACAGUGCUGCUCGACAAACAGGGACGCGCCAGGCCGGAGAUCGCCACACUCUACAACUGGAGGUAUGGACACACACACCACAAACACACCGACGGAUGCCGUGGUCUGACGGGUGUAUUCGUAUGACUGUGUGUGUGCAGGUACGAGGGCCGGCUUGGCGACCUUCCCAAAGUGACCGCCGAGCCCGAAUACCUGGUCAGCCACACGACCAUCGGACAUACCGACACACAGGCAGUCCUUAUGUGUGCUCGUUGUGGCUGAUGUGUGUGUUGGUUGCUUCCACCAGACGGCGAAUGGUGGUCUGUGUCACGUGUACCAGUUUGUGGAUGUGGGUGACUUCGACGGUCGAGGUGAGAGCGCCCCGCAGCCCUUCUUCUACCAGAACCUCGGCGAGGCCGAGUACAUGGUCGCACUCUACAUGUUCAUGAGACUCAUUGGUGAGCGGCAAGCACCCUGUGUGAGUCAUACUCACAUCCGUCUCUCUCUCUCUCUCUCUGUCUCUCUCUCUCUGUGUGUAUGUGUGUGUGUGUGUUGUGUAGGGUAUCCCGCCAGCAAGAUCACCCUCCUGACGACCUAUAACGGCCAGAAGGCCCUACUCAAUGAUGUCGUCAGGAAAAGGUCAGCCGGCUGGCCAGCAAGAUCGACACACGACCAUGCUAUGCUCGCCUUCACUCAUGUAUACUGCAUCCAUCUGUGUGGAUACGUAUAUGUCAGGUGUGGAUGGAAUCCCAACAUCGGCCUGCCGGCCAAAAUCGAGACAGUCGACCGAUACCAAGGGCAACAAAACGACUGUACGCAAAGGCCGAGGGGAUGACACCUUCCUGUGGGAUGACACCUCCCUGUGUGUAUGUGUCUGUUUGUGUGUUCAGAUGUGCUGCUGUCAUUGGUGCGGACCAACAGUGUGGGCCACAUCCGCGACAUCAGGAGGCUGGUCGUCGCCAUGUCACGCGCACGGCUCGGUACGCGCCUGCCCGCCACACACGAUCUUUGUGCGGACACAUAGAUACGCCGCGCCACGUCUGUCCGUUUGUUUGCUGUGUGUGGCGGGUCUGCAGGUCUGUAUGUGUUCGGUCGGCUUGAGCUGUUCGACCAGUGCAUGGAGCUGGCACACGUCUUCUCGCUCUUUAAGGAAAGGUACGGACGUCGGCUGGCUGAAUGACCACGUGCAGUGCAGUGCACACGACAGACACCACACACCUGUGUGUGUCGUGUUGGUGUGGCGUCAUGUCAUCAACCAGGCCCACACAGCUGGCCCUCGAGUUCAGCGAAUCCUUCCAGACCGACAGACAGGUACGCACCGCAUCCAUCCCAUGCACACACGCCGCCACACCCCUUGAUGCGAUUGAAUCACAUUCACUGCCGUUGCCGUGCGUGUGUCAUGGGUGCAGCCCUCCGAGAGCGGCACCGCCCGUCUGGUGAGUGACGUCGAGGCCAUGUGGCGGCUGCUGGACGACAAGAACCAGGAGAUCGUCAAGCGCAACGCCCCCACCACCGCCCCGCCAUCCUUCCCGCCACCGCCCCUCCCACCCCCCGCCGCAGCCAGACCUCUCCCCAUCCCAGAUGUCAACGCCGUUAGGCCGCCACCAGGGCUGCGCGGCGGGGUGCUGCGCGAGCAGGAUGACACCCAACAAGUCGAUCAGGGUGGGGAGACCAUGCAGCUUGACGAGGGAGAGGGCGGGGCAGCCGAGGAGCUGCCGAAGCCGGAUGAAACAGAAAGGCCGAUGAGUGAUGAGUGAGACACUGGCUGAGAUUCUGAGAGUGUGAGUGCGUGUUUCAAUGGAUCUGAACGUG